AUGGGUUCGACCUACAACGUAACCAUUGAAUGGGAGAAUGGGGAGAUCACUCCCGAACCACUGAGCAUCAUUGGAGCCGAUGACCCAGUGGCAUGUGCUAUAUACGCUAGAGAGAACAAUCUACUGGGUUUACCUGGUUGGAAACGCUUUAGAAGUAUAGCAAAGAAGGAGAAGAAACUUCUUUGCCUUAUUUACCAAGCCAAGCUCAGAUCGUUCCGUACAGCACCAAGAUACACGUACGGAUUCGAGAUCCCGAAGGACUACAAAGAUGCCCUUCGACUUGACAAAAUCCACGGCAACACCAAAUGGCAGGAUGCCACUAAAGUCGAGAUGGAUCAGCUUGCCGAGCUUGAAGAUGAUGAUUUUCUAGCUGAACUGAAUGGACUGGAACUAUGGGCUGCCUAUAUUGGUAAUGCCUACCUAGAAGCCUACACUAAGGAGAAGGUAGCAAUUGUAGCCGGACCAGAGUUUGGACCACUUCAAGGCCACUCUCUUAUUGUGUCAAGAGCUUUGUACGGAUUACGUUUGAGUGGAAAACUGUGGCAUCAGAGGUUUUCAGCAUGUCUAGAGGAAGAAGGAUUCUUUCCUUGCAAGGCAGAGCCAGAUAUUUGGAUGAGACCAACUGCUGACGGAUCCUCAUACGAGUAUGUGGGAGUGUAUGUUGACGAGCUUGCGAUGGCAAUGAAAGACCCACAAGCUUUUGUAGACAAACUGAUCAAAGUCUACAAGUUCAAGCUGAAGGGCACAGGACCACUUGAGUUCCACCUUGGAUGUGACUUCUACAGGGACGAGCAUGGGGUACUUUGCAUGCACCCAAAGAAGUACAUUGACCGCAUGGUAGAUAGCUACCAACGCAUGUUUGGUCAAAAGCCAAAGACCAACGUGUGGUCACCAUUGGAGAAGGGAGAUCAUCCAGAAUGCGAUACAUCCGAGCUACUUGACUCUGAAGGAGUCACUCAGUAUCAAUCGUUGGUUGGUCAGUUCCAAUGGGCAGUCUCUUUAGGAAGACUGGAUGUCACUACCGCGGUAAUGACUCUGUCUAGUUUCAGAUCAGCACCCAGAGUUGGUCAUUCGAACCGUGCAAAGCGGGUUUGUGGCUACCUAGUAAAGUUCAAGGAAGCUUGUAUCCGUUUCUGCACUGGACUACCCGAUUACAGCGAUGUCCCAGAACCUGUAUUCGAUUGGGCCGCCUCUGUAUAUGAUUGUCCAACUGAAGAGAUUCCAAGUGAUGCACCCCCACCACUUGGGCUUGCAGUCAUCCUCACUCACUACGUGGAUGCAAAUCUCUACCACUGUCUUUUGACAGGCCGGUCGGUUACAGGUAUCAUUCACAUGAUGAAUGGGACUCCAAUCGAUUUCUUUUCAAAGAAGCAGUCAACCGUUGAGACUGCUACUUAUGGUUCUGAGUUUGUAGCUGCCCGAACCUGUGUUGAACAGAUUAUGGACCUUCGGCAGACCCUGAGGUACCUUGGUGUGCCAAUCAAAGGUCGAAGCUACAUGUUCGGUGAUAAUGAAUCUGUUGUGAACAGUUCUUCCCGACCUGAAGCUAAGCUACACAAGCGACAUGUUGCAUUAUCAUUCCACCGUGUGAGAGAAGCAGUAGCAUCCAACAUGUUAUCUUUUAUCCACAUUGACGGUGUUCUCAACCGCUGA